AUGGCUUGUCUAUCUACUCUCCGCUCUAUUUUCAAAUCAAAGAAGAAGAAGAAGGCAAAUCCCACCUUCUUGACAGAAAAACCCGCCAACACACACGCUUCCCCCCGCCCCUCCGUCUCGACCUCAACCCAAACAAGCACCCCAUCGUACAAACCACCUCUACACACAGUCCCGAGCGCCAUAGUCGCAGCGACAGAAGAAGGCAUGAUCUCCGCAUCUUUGUGCUCGGUGUCGCAAUCUCCUUCUGCAUCAACAUCUCUUGCUUCGACAUCUACACAGCCGACAUCUUCACAGACGACAUCAACACCGGCACCGUCUCCAUUCCCCAGUUUGCCAUUAGCAUCGCCAUCGCCAUUAUCGCUGUCGUCAUCGCAAUUAUCGCCGUUUGCUCCGUCGCCGGUGUCACCAGUGUCACCAGUGUUCAAGUUGGAGGAGAGAAAAGGGGAAAAAAGGGAGAGGGAGAGUAUAAACAGUACGACGACACUAACGCGAGGUGAAGAAGCUUGCGUAUCGGGACAUAGUAGUAGACGGACGAGUGUGAGAUUCAAGGGAUUGGACGUCUAG